CAGAGCAGGGAAACCAAACAAAACGUCGUAGUUUAUUGCAGGACUGCUUUAAGGACAAGAGGUGACAAAUGCCGCAAGGCCACCAAUCCCUCCACUGGUGAUCGACGCUAGUGCCAAGUACCCGACGGGGCUCUUCCAGGGCACGUGGUCCGACCUGGGCGCCUUCGACGAGUGCAUCGAGACCGUGGCCCGCGAUCAGAACGGCGGCGAAAUGGCGCGCGGCCAGUACUGCAACGUCUACGUCAAGAUGGCCAACGACACCUCAUUCUUCGACGAGAUGCUGCCUAACUUCAUCAUGGCCCACGAGCGGACUCCAGUGCUGCUGCGUGCGCAGGAGGAUAAGCGAGUGCUGGGAAUGCGCCUGGGUCUCUGCACCAUCGCCGACUGCACCAGGGACGAUGUUCAAGCCCUCGCCGAGACACUCACUCAAGGAGUAGCCAAGGUUACUGUGAGCGACUGCACAACCAACGAGCCGAAAGAAGUCACCCAGGUCCAGCUGGCAUUUAUCUGCUUUCUGGGACUUGUGAUACUCUUCACGAUUGUGAGCACCAUCAUCGACGUCUGUUGCUCCCGGAGAGGAGAGAAGCCGGCGCCACGAACCACGCUGCGCAUCUUGCUGACGGCGUUCUCGGUGCCCAGAAACACGCGUGUCCUGCUCACGGUGAAUCGGAACCGAAAGUCGGACUCGUACAAGUACCGUUUCCUGCACGGCCUACGUUUCUUCAGCAUCCUGUGGAUCGUGCUGGGACACUCCUCCAUGGCUCUCGACCCAGUGAUUUCGAGGUACGCCAACGUGCUACGUAUCACCUCGAGCUGGAUUUUCUGCAUCAUCUCGACGUCGUUUCUGAGCGUUGACACGUUCUUCUUUCUGAGGAGAAAGGGAAAAGGCAACUGGAAUAGCUUCCAAGUGUGGAGGAGCCUCUGCGGCUAA